AUUUCUGUUAACUUGUUAAAUAUGAGACAUCAUUCAACCUCUCCUUUCUUCUCGCAGGUAUGAUCCGUCUACAUCUAUUUUUGUUAAAUUAGCUCCUUGUGUUCAACUUAAAUGGUAUUUCUCCUCUGGUUAUAGCGUAGAAGGAUUUAGAAGAAGUGGGGCCAUGGCAAGGUACAAAUAGGGUGUCAGUUCGUAGAUACGUGUAAUGUAGGCUCUGUAGCCAGCAAUGAGCCAUGAGAAUUCAGUAAUCCCUCAAGAUGACGUCAUCAUGGUGCACCUUUGCACUAGAAGACAUGAAAUGGUGCAGAGGAGUGUGCUUGCUUGCUACUCUCCUGAAUGCAUGUCUAGUUUCAACAGUGAUGGCUUUGUGCUUUGUUUGUUUUCUCUUUUAAAAUUUUCUCUAAUUUCUCUUUUUUACCGUUUUGGGUGCAUCAAGUCAAAAGAGCUUAGUCAAGCACAAUUUCCCCCUUCUCUAUCUGUGGCUGAAUGCCCCACCAGAAAGUGAAACAACAAACACAUUGUCUCCUUAGAUUCCUUUCUUUUCCAUUUGAAAAUUGCAUUCUCUCUCUGUGCCUGAUUUCCCAUAUCAGCUAGUGGGACUGCCUAUGUUUCUUUUGUCAGGAUUCUUCUCUUGCUCUCUCGCACACUAUAGAUAUUAGAUAUAGAUUCAUAUAGAUACAUAGAUACAUGCCUAUAAUUACAAAGAAAGAACCAAACUUUUUUAUUUAAUUAACCAUAAAAUCCUCAACUAACAGUAUAAAGAAGAAGCCACACUCUCUGUGUAUGUGUUUCUCUGUCUCUCCUUUCCCCCUUCUCUUCUCUGCUUUUUUAACCCUUUACUCUUCUCUUCUCUAAUGAAGACACUUCUCAUGGAGAGAACAACCACCUCAACAAACUCAACAACCUCAUCAACCUCAAACUUAACCUUAAACUCUUCAGGAAACCCAUCUCAAGACAUGUCUUCCAAGAGGCACCACUUCCACUGGACUAACAAAGUUGGAAACGAAGAAGAAGAACAGCAAGAAGAAGCUGAACUAUCUCUUCCCACUUCCCAGACAGUGUCCAAGAUCAUAGAAGAGGAGACAAAAGCAGCAAAAGAAGAACAACUUCUUGACAACAAAGCUGUUCAAGGAACAACUUCACAAGCAAGGAGGAAGCUUCAGGCAGUGGCAAUCUCCAAACUCCGUUCAGUUCUCACAGUUUUCAACAAGAACCGUUCCAACCUACCCUUUGGUCUUGGCCCUCGUGUAGUUGGAACACUCUUCGGUUACCGUCGUGGCCAUGUCCAUUUUGCUUUUCAGAAGGACCCCACUUCACAACCCGCGUUUCUCAUAGAGCUUGCAACACCGAUAAGCGGUUUGGUUCGGGAAAUGGCUUCUGGGUUGGUCAGAAUCGCCUUGGAAUGUGAUAAAGAGAAGAACAAAGAAGGUGUAGAGAAUGAGAAGAAGGAGAAGGAGAAGAAGCAAGUGAGGCUUCUUCAGGAGACUCUGUGGAGGACCUAUUGCAACGGUAAAAAGUGUGGCUAUGCUACAAGGAGAGAGUGUGGGCCUAAAGACUGGGAUAUUCUGAAAGCCGUGGAACCAAUUUCAAUGGGUGCUGGUGUUCUUCCAGUGAACAACAACAAUGGUGAGGGUGGUGGUGGUUCUGAUGGUGGUGAAGUUAUGUAUAUGAGGGCAAGGUUUGAGAGAAUUGUUGGGUCAAGAGACUCUGAAGCUUUCUAUAUGAUGAACCCUGAUAGCAAUGGAGCACCUGAACUUAGUAUCUAUUUGCUUAGAGUCUAGCAGUUCAUGGCAAAGUUCUGUUUUUUCAGUUAUUAUACUUAGUUUCCCUUUGUUCUUUGUGGAUUCUGUGAACAGUAGGUUAUUUAUUUAUUAUUCCUAUUCCUAUACUACUUGCUUAUUAGCUGUUCAAUCAUGGAAA